AUGUUUCCUUACAAUUCUGCGUCUCCAUCCUCGAGACAGAAUGAGAAAUCUAUUAAACAAACGUACAGUUCAGACAGAGCAGUUGCUAAAACCACCGGCAAUGAUCUUUCCGAUGAUGAGCUGAAAAAAAUUAGUUCUAUGUCUGAAAAGAUAGAGCAUUUGGAAGCCGAAAACAAGGUUUUGACAGCAGAAGUUGAAGAAAAAAUAAAGAGCUAUCAAAGAGAAAUGAAAUCCCUGCAAACCGAAAAGCUUGAGAUCAGUGAGCAAAAAAGGCAUAUUCGGGAAAGAGCUAAGGACUUGGAAAAGGAAAUGUCUAAAUUGGAUUCUGAUAUGGACGAGCAUCGAACGCUACAAACUGAAAUCCUUGCGGAACAUGAGAAUUUUCAAUCCAUUACAAACGACAUAAACCGGUUUUUCAAUGUUUUAGGACUAAAGGAUUGCCCGGCCCAUGAAGAGCUUCUCGAAGAGGAAUCUCGACUUGAAAGAGAAUACGAUUCGAUCAACGAAGCAUUGCAGUUAGCAAUGCCAAAAUCUAAAUCAUUGCUUAACAUAUUAUGCGCUGUUACCAAUUCUUCACAGAAUAUCCCAGUCGAUGCUAAUGCUGCAUACUUAUAUCCUUCUUGUCUACUAAGACCAAAGUCACUAAUUACUCAGGACUCAUUAACUUUAGAACCAAAAGAUUUAGAGCUUGUUGCAUUUCAUUUAAGGACGCAACAGGAAAUUAAAGAAAAGCGGGUUGAACAAAUAUCCUCUAUUAACCAAUUUAUUGAACAUAUUGAAACAUAUUCUACUAAUUUAAGUUCGCAAGAUGUUAAGUUUAAGGAAAGUUCAAAGGAUCUCAUGGAUAAAAUACUACUUAUGAAAGCAAAUUUGAGUAAAUCAUUGUUUCUUUCACGUGAGAAGGCGGAUCAAAAAGAGCUUUCAAUUCAAAAUAUUUCAAGAGAGAUCGAGAAAUUUUCUUCUGUUCGAAAAGUUGAGCCGAAGGUAGAGAAAUAUCGAAACGCUUUACGAAACAUUCGGGAAGUAAAAAACCGUGACAACCUUCCGUCCACGAACUAUAAGUAUAGUUAUCCUUUAGAGUCACCGCCUAUUGUUCAAAAAUAUCAUUUGUCACAAGAGCCACUCCUUACCGAACCGGCUGUCCUGGAGUACUUAACACAAGUGGAUUCAUUUGCUAACGAUGAGAAAGCUAUGAGAGUUAUUAGAGCCAGAUACCUAAAACUUACCGGGCGCCCUUUAAAGGAUUGGAACUACACUAGCCCUAUUUAUGGGAGAACUAUAGAAGCUGCUAAUUUAAUACUGCAUAAUCCACGCUUUGUUUCGCUUAAACAUCUUCAUGUGACUCUUCGUGACACAAACAAUAUAGUUUGGCUUGCUGAAGUUUGGUGUGAUGAUUACGUUAGAGGAAUUGGCCAUUCUUUGAAGAAAGGAGAAGCUAUCCAAAUUGCAGCAGAGCAAGCAACACUUCAAUUUAAGGUAUGCUGA